AGCUGGCCAGUGAUCCACCGGCAUCAUGGCUUCCAUACGGGAGAGGAAGUGAUUUUAGUACACCCUAGAAGAAUUAGACAUUUUAGCACUGAAAAUCUAACCGACUGCUGCUCUUUCCAGACGCAGCGUGGGUCAGAGGGGCAGGGGCUCUCCCUCCUUACCCUGGGCCUCCCCUAAAACCGGGAUAUAUUUUAAAUUUAUUGUGAAUUUGCCUUCAUAAAUCGAGAAAGAUGGCGGAGGUACCGGCGGAGUGCACCAUCAAAGUGAUGUGCCGUUUCAGGCCCCUGAACAGUUCAGAGGUGACCAGAGGGGAUAAAUACAUCCCAAAGUUUCAAGGGGAAGACAAUGUUGUCAUCGCGGGCAAGCCCUACAUGUUUGACAGAGUGUUCCAGUCUAACACAACACAGGAACAAGUGUACAAUGCCUGCGCUCAGAAGAUUGUCAAAGAUGUGCUGGAGGGGUACAACGGGACAAUAUUCGCCUACGGACAGACAUCAUCCGGCAAGACACACACCAUGGAGGGUAACCUCCAUGACACAGAUGGGAUGGGCAUCAUCCCCAGGAUUGUCCAGGACAUCUUCAACUACAUCUACUCCAUGGAUGAGAACCUGGAGUUCCAUAUCAAGGUUUCAUAUUUUGAAAUUUACUUGGACAAGAUCCGGGACCUUUUGGAUGUGUCAAAGACCAACCUGUCCGUGCACGAAGACAAAAACCGUGUGCCGUAUGUGAAGGGCUGCACUGAGAGGUUUGUCUGCAGCCCUGAGGAAGUCAUGGACACCAUCGAUGAAGGCAAAUCAAACCGACACGUAGCAGUCACAAACAUGAAUGAGCACAGCUCCCGCAGUCACAGCAUCUUCCUGAUCAACGUGAAGCAGGAGAACACUCAGACUGAGCAGAAGCUGAGCGGGAAGCUCUACCUGGUGGAUCUGGCUGGCAGUGAGAAGGUCAGUAAGACGGGAGCAGAAGGAGCUGUAUUGGAUGAGGCCAAGAACAUCAACAAGUCUCUGUCCUCCCUGGGUAACGUCAUCUCCGCCCUGGCCGAGAGCUCGGCAUACAUCCCCUACAGAGACAGCAAGAUGACCCGUAUCCUGCAGGACUCCCUGGGGGGAAACUGUCGGACCACCAUCAUCAUCUGCUGCUCCCCCUCCUCCUACAACGAGUCGGAGAGCAAGUCCACACUCAUGUUCGGGCAGAGAGCGAAGACCAUCAAGAACACGGUGUGUGUGAACGUGGAGCUGACGGCGGAGCAGUGGAAGAAGAAGUACGAGAGGGAGAAGGAGAAGAACAAGACUCUGCGCAGCACCGUCACCUGGCUGGAAAACGAGCUCAACCGCUGGAGGAACGGAGAGAGCGUGCCGGUGGACGAGCAGUUCGACAAGGAGAAGGCUAACGCCGAGGUGCUGGCCCUGGAUAACGUCCCCAACGACAAGCCCGCCUCCACACCCAACGUCCCGGGGGUCCGUCUGACGGACGCAGAGAAGGGCAAGUGUGAGGCGGAGCUGGCUAAGCUGUAUAACCAGCUGGACGACAAGGACGAUGAGAUCAACCAGCAGAGUCAGCUGGUGGAGAAACUGAAACAACAGAUGCUGGACCAGGAUGAGCUCCUGUCGUCGUCUCGCCGCGACCACGACAACCUGCAGGGAGAGCUGAACCGCCUGCAGGCGGAGAACGAGGCGUCCAAGGACGAGGUGAAGGAGGUGCUGCAGGCCCUGGAGGAGCUGGCCGUCAACUACGACCAGAAGAGCCAGGAGGUGGAGGACAAGACCAAGGAGUUCGAGAUGCUCAGCGAUGAGCUCAACCAGAAAUCGUCCGUCCUGUCCUCCAUCGACUCUGAGCUGCAGAAGCUGAAGGAGAUGUCGAACCACCAGAAGAAGAGGGUGACUGAAAUGAUGUCCUCACUGCUCAAGGACCUGGCGGAGAUCGGCAUCGCCGUAGGCAGCAACGACAUCAAGCAACACGAGGGCAGCGGACUUAUAGAUGAGGAGUUCACGGUGGCUCGUCUCUACAUCAGUAAGAUGAAGUCGGAGGUGAAGACCCUGGUGAAGCGCAGCAGGCAGCUGGAGAGCACCCAGUCUGAGAGCAACCAGAAGAUGGAGGAGAACGAGAAGGAGCUGGCCGCCUGCCAGCUGCGCAUCUCCCAGCACGAGGCUAAGAUCAAGUCUCUGACGGAGUACUUGCAGAACGUGGAGCAGAAGAAGAGGCAGCUGGAGGAGAACGUGGACUCCCUCAACGAGGAGCUGGUCAAGAUCAACGCCCAGGAGAAAGUCCAUGCCAUGGAGAAGGAGAAUGAGAUCCAGUCAGCCAACGAAGUCAAGGAGGCUGUGGAGAAGCAGAUCCACGGUCACCGCGAGGCCCACCAGAAGCAGAUCAGUAGCCUGAGAGACGAGCUGGAGAAGAAGGAGAAACUGAUCACAGAUCUGCAGGAUCUGAACCAGAAGAUCAUGCUGGAGCAGGAGAGGCUGAGGGUGGAGCACGAGAAGCUCAAGUCCACCGACCAGGAGAAGAGCCGCAAGCUGCACGAGCUCACGGUGAUGCAGGACAGGAGGGAGCAGGCCAGACAGGACCUGAAGGGGCUGGAGGAGACUGUGGCUAAGGAACUCCAGACUCUGCACAACCUUAGGAAGCUCUUCGUCCAGGACCUGGCCACUCGAGUUAAAAAGAGCGCAGAGAUGGACUCUGACGACACAGGAGGCAGCGCCGCCCAGAAACAGAAGAUCUCCUUCCUGGAGAACAACCUGGAGCAGCUCACCAAGGUCCACAAGCAGCUGGUGCGUGACAACGCUGACCUGCGCUGCGAGCUGCCCAAGCUGGAGAAGCGUCUGCGAGCCACGGCAGAGCGGGUCAAGGCCCUGGAGACGGCCCUGAAGGAGGCCAAGGAGAACGCCGCCCGCGACCGCAAGCGCUACCAGCAGGAGGUGGACCGCAUCAAGGAGGCCGUGAGGGCCAAGAACAUGGCUAGGAGGGGGCAUUCCGCUCAGAUCGCCAAACCCAUCCGCCCAGGGCAGCCCCCCGUGGCCUCUCCCACGCACCCCAACGUGAUCCGCAGCGGAGGGGGCCUCUACCAGAACAGCCAGGCUGUGGCCAUCAGGGGGGGCGGAGGAGCCAAACAGGACAAGAACAGCUGAAGACGGGAGGAUGACUCGCAUCAUUAUCGGAGGAGUGACUUCUAUCACCAUGACAACCCCUCAUCCCAUCACACAGUGACCCACAGCCCCUUACCAGCCCAGGCCUUGGUCUGGGGGGAGGAGUUUUGAAUAUAAAUAUAUAAAUAUUCAUGACCUGUACAGAUCUCCCCUCUGUGUUUCCCUCUCUCUCUCUCUCUCUCUCUCUCUCUCUCUCUCUCUCUCUCUCUCUCUCUCUCUCUCUCUCUCUCUCUCUCUCUCGUCUGUCUCCCCCCCCCCAAUCUUUUUCUCUCUGUCUGCAACUAUACAAAAAAAAAGAAGAAAUGGGAUUUAAUAUUCAGUGAAACACAAGACCUUGUCAUCCAGCGCAGAGCACAGCAGUCUUGGCCAAAGGAUCCAUGUACAUUUGACCUGAUGUGUAGCUUUGUUUCGUUGCACAGUUUGUCGUCAUCCUUGUCCUAAGUAGUCUGCUGUACCAAGCUGAAUGUACUAUACUGGUGUCUGAAUAAGAAAAUUAGACAGCAACAACAACAAAAAAACUUUAAUACAGCAGAAAGAGAAAAUCCUACCACGUUCUGUCAAGGCUAACCUGUACAUUUUAUCAUUCUUUUUUCUUUAUUUUGGUUGUGUCACACUUUCUCUGGGUAGAUUUGACAUGCUUCUUUAAAAAACAAAAAAACCACAACAAAAAAAGGUUUGAAUUGACUUGUUGGCAUUGAGCACUACUUGUCCUGUCCUGUUGUACAGAUGGAAAACUUCACUACAGCACCAUAUGCUUCCUUAAGAGGUGUUUGGGUUUGAAAAUGCCAAGACGUGCAGCAGUAGAUGUAUUUAACUUGAGUACCUGUGGAGGCCAAUGUUUCUAUCGUUAAAAUAUAUAUAUAUAUAUAUAUAUAUAUUAAAAAAAGUUAAUGAAAAUUGGUGGUCACAAGAAGGAUGCAAAGCAGUGGGGGUGUGUGAAGGGGUGAGAGAAUGAUCCGGAUGAAACCCUACCUUUAUCUCAACCUUUUCCAAGUCGAUUAAUGUUUUACUCCUGUGUGGUUUCAAAUAGUGUUGCUGAAAAUCUGCUCGUAGACUGAGAUGGUGCGCGCGCUUGUCCUGUCCUGUCCUAGUUUUGCCGCUUUCACACAGAAACGUUCUCUUGAAAGAAGUAGGCUAGAAUUUGGUUUUGGCUUAUGGCUGGAACCAUUUUAAGUGUAAAAUAGCUUUUCAGUAUAUAACUGUUUUUUUUUUUUAUCUAGGGUGCCUCACUUAAGAUCCCCCCGUCCCCUUCCCGAAUACAACCUUUAUGUGGAAAUUAGAUUCAACAGUUGCUAUCUAGCGGUUAACCUUUUCUACUGGAAGUGCAUUUGAAUGAAAGGCGGCGUUGGAUUGGCCCCGGCCCUUGCCACUGAUCAGCCAAUCAGGUGAAGCAGGGCCAUGGUCAAGGCAAUUAAGUUGUCAAUUGGAUAAGCUUCCUUCAAGUAUCAACCUUGAAAUACGAAACUAAAAGUUUGUUAGAGUUUGUUAGGAUUUAGUAUGCUGGCCAACAAUCUAGGGAACAGAUGCCCCCUCCCACCUAUUGUUGUCCUGUCAAAUCUGAAGCCUUUGCAAAGCAGUGAUACAAAGCAUGAAACCAUCUUGUGAGUGCAAUAUAGGCAUACAAAUAUUGUAUAGCCAUGAUUGUUAGGUAUGACCUGGAUGAGGUUUUUUGUUUUGUUCCGUUUUUAUAGUCAGCUACGAUAAGCCGUUUCAGAAUUUAACUUUUAUUGUUUCCGCUUGAAUAUGUAGGCUAUUUAAUUAAUAGCACUUGAGAAUUCUUCUGAAACAUUGGACCUGUGUUUCGAAUACACUCUAAACCCCUUGUCUUGAGGGAGGGAAAUUGUAAACUAUUUCCAAAAAGCCUGAUAGCGGAAUGGUGUUACUAUGUUUACAUGAUCGGUUUAUCGUUAUGUAGAGGCUAGAAUUUGAGGCUUUGCCCGAAACUGCGUCAGGACAGCGCUGUGUCCAUCCCGUCUUAAUGUAACUUCAGAGCAGUACACUCGCAGUAUGGUCUUCAUACCCCGUCUUCACCUGCCCGCGGUCCCGCUUUAAGUGAUAUGAAAUGGGGUGAGGGGAGGAGGUAAACCACAUUCACCUGUUUAUGACACAAAAUUAACAACAAUUUGUUUGCAUUGAUUCGAAAGAAAGAAAAAAAAACCGCGUAGCCACUUUUUAUUACUGUGUAAUAGUUGCUCAAUUCCUAAUUGACAGUAAGGAUUUCAUCAAUGGACAGAACGGUACUGGAUCAUUCCUGGAGAACUGGGGCACAACUGCGGGGCUCAAAAGAGGGAAACGGGGAAGUAAAUGAUAUCACCUUUUUGGAUUGACUGCAUGAUGUAAAUGUAUGUGUGAUUAAAUAAUUAUGAAAAAACUA